UUUAGGAAUUUCGUUUCGUGUUACUUGUUUGAAUUGUAGCAUCAAUCAAUAAAAACAUUAUCUUCAAUAUUUUUGAAUUGACUUUCAGAAAUCUCAACGUUUAAAAAAAUUUCUUGCAUUUCAUUGCAUUCCAAAUUCUCUUGUUAUUAGGAUUAUGGAAGGUACAAAGAAAAUUAGAAAAUCUCCAAAACCAAAUAAUGAGGGAGAAAAUAGAACUUCUCGUUCUAAUAGAGCAGAUAGUUUUGACUCAGACUACAGAAUUGAAAGAAGACCAACACCAAGAUUACCAAAGCGUAAAAAUGAUGUUUACGUAAAUCAAAAAACGCCAUUCAUGGGGCAAUUUAAUAAAUGUAAAUCUCUACUAAAUAACGAAAAAGAAAUAAUAAUCCAUGGACUUGGAGCUGCUGUUAAUACAGCUGUUAAUCUUGCAUUACAAUUGAAAACAUUUUAUUCGGAUACAGUUACAUUAGAAGCUACAACAUCAACUGUUGAUUUAAUUGAUGAUCAUCAUUUUUCAUCGGGAGAUUAUCGAGCUGAAAGUAGGAAGAAUUCCGCUAUUCAUAUUAAGUUAGCCCAUGUGACUGCUUCGAAUUAGUUGAAAUUUUUAUUCUGAUAUCAAUGAAAUUGAUUGUUACGAAUAUUAAUGGCCAAAUUUUUGUCUGUAUUUAUGUUUAAAUAAAAUU